AUGACAGGUCCAGUUGUCAUCACAUGCCUUUACUUGAUAUAUCUAGCCACUAGCCAUCCAACAGAAAAAGUUAUUUACAAUGAGGACCAGUUAUGGAAAAUCACCAACGACAACAAAACCACUCUUAAUCUAUUAAAAAGUUUAGAGAAAGAAAAAUACUUAACUCUUUGGGCAUUAAACGCUAAAAAAAUCGACGCCAUAAUCAACCACAAACACGUAACCCAAGUUAAAGAGAAACUCCUCGAAAACAACCAAAAGUACGAGGUUGCAAUCGAAGACGUACAAAAGACUAUAGACGAAGCAAAUCCCAAACCACAGGAAGAUAUUGACGGACGUAAAGGCUAUCGUCUCACGUGGAAUUACUACCACAACUUGGACGACAUCUACGACUACUUGCACUACUUGGAGACCAGUUUUCCUAAAUUAUGUACCGUCACUACAAUUGGAGACUCAGUCGAAGGGCGUCCCAUUAAGCUCCUGCGAAUUUCGAACAGAAAUCCCAACAAUAAAGCUAUAUUCGUUGAAGGUGGAAUUCACCCUAGAGAGUGGAUAUCGCCAGCUGCCGUCACUUACAUCAUAAACCAAUUAAUUAGCAAUUAUGACGACGAACCGUCUUAUAUUAAAAACUUGGAUUGGUAUUUUGUACCAGUUUUGAACUCUGAUGGAUACAUAUAUUCGUAUAAUGUGGACAGAUUGUGGAGAAAGAAUAGAGCAAAAAGCAAGAUAAGCGAUUGCAUAGGUGUCGAUCUUGAUAGGAACUGGGGGUAUGAUUGGGGUAACAACGGGUCGUCGACUGAUCCUUGCAACAAAGCGUACAGAGGGAGGAAACCGUUUUCGUGGGUAUUUAGCAGUGCAUUCCUAUGGGCAGUAUGGGGUGCUCUCAACAGAAUUGUGGAAGAUCACGAAGAGUUAACUGAUGUAGGGAUGCAAGCAGCCAAGAACAUACAGAGUGCCGGUGGCGAAACCUAUGCUGUUGGUCCAGCAGGACCACUCAUCUAUGAAGCAUCAGGAAUUUCAUCGGACUGGGCCAGAGGUUCUCAAGCGAUUAAAUACGCUUUCACGAUAGAAUUAAGAGACAAAGGAGAUCACGGAUAUACAGGGUGCCGCAUCCAAGUCUGGAUAUAG